CAAUUUGAAUGAUCUUUCUCGUCAAUUAUAGACUUCUAUGUUUCUCUUUUUUGUUUGGCUUCUGCGUUGUCUCUUUCAGAUUUCACCAUCCAAAGCCCUAGUUACCAUUCCAUGGAAUUCACCGCUGCGUUCAUUUCUAUCUUGUUUAAGAAUGCCCUUUAGUGUAUCUUUGAUGUAAUGAUUUUCAGAUAUUUUCAUGGUCUAACGGAACUGUUGCCUUUUCGUUCAUCAAUAGGUCGACAAUUCACAAGAGUACAAAGUUUGAAUUGCGGAGCAAAUCACCGUUAAAUUCUUCACAUACUUCACUAAAUUUCUGAUUUUUAUUGGCGGUGAUCUCUCGUUCGUUUUCAUGGGCGUUUUCUCGGUCUGUUUGUUUCUCUCCUUGCUUACCUCUAUUGUCUGACAUAUCCGCUUCCCAUAAUUUAGGCUACCAUCAGACUACUUACUGGAAUCCCACCGUAAAGAAAUUCCGAUCCAACUUUCAAGAGCAAGUCCUGAAAGUUUAUGACUUUGUUGAUGGGUUUAGCCUAGAUUAUAGAGCAGUUGGUAGGUUUCUUCUCUUCUUCCUGUGGGUAGUAUUCUUGGUGGUGGGCUCAGAAUAAGCUAGAUGACUGUGGACGAAGCGGGUAUUAGCUCCUUGUGGAGCAGACAUCAAGAUAAGGCAUUUGAGAUUGCCCUGGCAACUCAUCCUGAAGAUGCUCCAGAUCGAUGGGAAAAAAUUGCAGCUGAUGUUCCGGGGAAAACCGUAGAAGAGAUUAAACAUCAUUAUGAGCUGUUGGUUGAUGAUAUUAACCUGAUUGAAUCUGGCCGUGUGCCACUGCCUUCCUAUAAUUCUUCUUUGGAGGGUUCAACGAGCCAUACCUGUGAUGAAGGAACUGGUAAGAAGGGUGGCCAUUUGGGUCAUCAUAACAAUGAGUCUAAUCAUGGAAAUAAGGCUUCCAGGUCUGAUCAGGAACGCCGUAAGGGGAUUGCUUGGACAGAGGAUGAGCACAGGUUAUUUCUUCUUGGUUUGGAAAAAUAUGGGAAAGGGGACUGGCGAAGCAUAUCUCGAAACUUUGUGGUGACAAGAACACCUACGCAAGUGGCAAGCCAUGCACAAAAGUACUUCAUUCGUUUGAACUCGAUGAACAAAGAUAGGAGGCGAUCAAGCAUUCAUGACAUUACUAGUGUUGGCGAUGGAGACAUUUCAGCACCACAAGGACCAAUCACUGGCCAAACCAAUGGUGGUUCUGCAGGAGUUUCCUCUGGCAAAUCAACCAAACCACAACUGCAGCCCCAAGCUGGGCCUGCAAGUGUUGGCAUGUAUGGUGCUCCGACUAUAGGGCAACCUAUAGGAGGAUCCCUUGUCUCAGCAGUUGGUACCCCUGUGAAUCUUCCUACUGGACCACAUAUGGCAUACGGUGUCAGAGCCCCUGUACCUGGAGUCAUUGUUCCUGGUGCACCAAUGAACAUGGGUCCAAUGGGAUAUCCAAUGCCGCCCACCUCUGCUGCUCAUAGAUAAUGUGCAGUUUAAGCUUCAACACUUGCAAAAGACAGAAGAAUAUUAUGACUUGUGCUCUUCUUUGGAUCUCAGCCUGAAUAUUUUAAUUAGCUUAUUUAGCAGAAGGUUUAAUGUUUUAACUGUCAUUUGUCUAUUUUUGCAUCCGUUCUAAAUAAGCCAUAUGGGUAGGAUUUACCCUGAAUCUGUAUAGGCAACUGGUGGCAGUAUCUAUAAGUAGUGCAGCAUUCUUGUUUGUUUCUUCUUAUAAACAUUUCAUUUUGAGAAC